GGCGUGGUAUGUCCUUCACCUUCGUUGUGUCCAUCUAGUCCGAAGGCUGCAGACCAGGCAGACCAGGCGGGAGCUGACAGCCAAGGCAAGCGGAGAUCUUGCUCACAGUGCGGGAGGAUGUGGCUGUACCUGGCCGCCCUGCUGGGGCUGUACUUCCUGCACCGAUGGUAUCGGGAGCAGCAGGCAGUGCAGAACCUCCGAGAGAAAUACGUCCUGAUCACCGGCUGCGACUCCGGCUUCGGGCACCUGCUGGCCAAGCACCUGGAUAUGCGGGGCCUGCGGGUGCUGGCGGCUUGCCUCACCCAGCAGGGCGCGGAGCAGCUGAAGAAGGCGACGUCGGAGCGGCUGCAAACGGUGAUCCUGGACGUCACCCGCACCGACAGCAUCGCCGCGGCCACCGCCUGGGUGAAGGAACAAGUGGGGGACAAAGGGCUGUGGGGCCUGGUGAACAAUGCGGGGAUCAUCGGCUCCCUGGCCCCCAACGAGUGGCUGACCAAGGAUGACUUCGUCAAGGUGCUGGACGUGAACCUGAUCGGCCUGAUCGAGGUGACCCUCAGCGUCCUGCCCCUGGUGAAGCAAGCCAGGGGCCGGGUCGUCAACGUGGCCAGUAUCCUGGGCCGGCUGGCCUUCUACGGAGGGGGCUACUGCCCUUCUAAGUAUGGCGUGGAGGCAUUCUCCGACAGCCUCAGGCGCGAGCUCCGGCCCUUCGGCGUGAAGAUCGCCGUGGUGGAGCCCGGCUAUUUCCGCACGGUCAUGACGGAUACCCAGCACCAUCUGGAGUGCCUGGAGGAGAGCUGGCGCCAUGCCCGCCCUGAAGUCAAGGAGAGCUACGGGCAGUGUUACUUCGACAGCCUCUACAAGCUCACCAGAGAGUCACUCUUGACAAAGCCCAGCACCAAUCUCUACCUGGUCACCGACUGCAUGGAGCACGCGCUGACGGCCCGCCACCCCCGUACCCGCUACUCCGGGGGCUGGGACGCCCAGUUCCUCUACAUCCCCCUCUCCUACCUGCCCACGGCCUUGGCGGACUGGGUGCUGACCUGGACCUGGCCCCGCCCAGCCCAGGCCGUGUAAGAGGGGGAAGGACAAACAGGGGGCAUCCCAGGGGGCGGAAGAGGAAGAAGCAGGGAAAUCCAGCAGGGCCCAGCUGCAAAGAGCAGCUUUGCCUGUCUGCACCGGGGGGGCAUCUGCACUGGAAUUGGUGCCAACCCCCCCCGCGCAGUGCAGAUGAGCACAGUUCCCGGCAGCUCCUUCUUAAACGGGACUGGAUCCUUCUGUUGAAUGGUUAAGGGCCAGAUCACUUCCCAGGCAGGUGGCUGGGAGGUGCAGGCUCU